GUAAAAUCCUAAAAGGAGUCAAUGCGCGUCCACUUUUUUUUUGACGGACUUCUUAUUCUUUCAGUGUUUCGGCUGGGCGUCUCGGGACUCGGGAGUUAAAAGGAGGCGCGCAGGUUCGGAUCCAUGAUAAAAUUAAAGAUGAAAGGCUUUAGCAAGUGGAAGAAAAGCUGAAUGAGAAAGCACUUGAGACAGAAAUAAUGAGCUCAAAUCCUACUGCCAAACGAGGAGAAGGGGCACAGACCCCAAAAGUUCAACAGCCUCCAGCUAGACAACUGUAUGGUCAGUUUGGCCAAAGCAACCAGUCUGAGAGGAUGCUGACCCCCGAUUCAUCUGCUCACAGUUUUCCGUCUCCAUCUCCUUUACCGCAGCAGCUGAACAAGCAGCAUGUGGACGUGUGUAGUGACUGGGACAGCAUUGAAGGGUUGUACCAUCGGGAGCUGGAAGAGGUUCGAGCCAGAGCUGCUCAGAUGGAAAAGACCAUGCGCUGGUGGUCGGACUGCACUGCGAACUGGCGAGAGAAAUGGAGCAAGGUGAGGGCGGAACGAAACAAGGCGCGCGAGGAAGUCCGGCAGAUGCGGCAGAAGCUGGAGUCGGUUGCGAAGGAGUUAGCUGCCAUGAAACGAGAAAAGCAGGAGCUGUUGGACGAAAAUGAGCGGCUGAGAAGGGUAGCCAAGCCAACAGAAACGCCACCAGCAGCUCUGGUCAGACUGGAAGAAUACGAACUCAAUGUACUGGAACAGGAACCCGUCAAAGAUAUUAAAAAUAAUAAAAACCCAUCAUCCCCAAACAAAUUCACUGGUUCACCCAAGAAGGAUAUUGAUAUAAUUGACAAUAUACUAAGAGAGAAACAAGAUGGAGGAGGACAAAGUCUGGAGACUUCAACCAUCUGCUCUGAAAGACCCAAGCAUCUGCUGGAAGAUACAAUGCAACCUUUUGAGGAUGACUCCAUUAAAACAAUGGCUCUGCAGUUUCGUCUGGAUGAGUCACAGAAAAUCCUACAGAAAGAAAGAGAGGACAAAGCUGCACUUGGAAGGCAGAUUGAGAAACUAGAAGCUGAUUUAUCUCAGUGGAAGAUCAAAUACGAAGACGUGAGCAAAUCAAAGCAGGAGGUCCUUAAACAGUUGACCCUUCUCCGUGAUGCUCAUCAGAAUGAGCUUGGGCGAAUCUCGGAAGAUCUGGAGGAUGAAGUCGGAGCACGAUCAAACAUGGACAGGAAACUGGCUGAUCUUCGUGCUGAGUUGGAAAGACUUCAGGUUGAGAACACUGCAGAGUGGGGGAAGAGAGAGCGGCUGGAGACGGAGAAGCUGGGCUUGGAACGGGACAACAAAAAAUUAAAAGCCCAUAUUGAAGAGCUGGAGAAACUGCUGGCAAAGAGGAGUCAACAAGCCACAAAUUUAAAUGAUUCGGACUUCAAAGCUAUGCAGCUUGAACUAUUUGAAAAAAAUAAGGAGCUGUCUGACCUUCGGCAUGCCCUCAAUAAACUGAAGAAGCAAUAUCAAGAGAAAAUGGCAGAACUUACUCAUUCCAAUAGGAGGGUAGAGCAGCAUGAAUCUGAGGUGAAGAAGUUAAGACUGCGUGUGGAAGAACUGAAGAAAGAGCUGGCACAAACAGAAGAUGAGUUGGAUGACUCACUGAACCAGAUCAGGAAACUGCAGCGUUCACUGGAUGAACAGACGGAACUGAACGACAAUCUUCAAGUCCAGUUUGACCACCUGCAGACCAGGCUCCUGUGACCUCCUCCCUGAUGGUAGAAAUGAGAAGAGGGCAUAUCCUAGGUGAUGGGGUCCUUAAUGAUGGAUGCACCUUUUUGAGGCGUCACCUUUUGGAGGUAUCCUUGAUGCUGGUGAGGCUAGUUCCCAUGACAUUGUUGACUGAGCUUACAACUUCCUGCAGAGUUUUCCCGAUCCUGUGCAGUGGACCCUCCAUACCAGAUGGUGAUGUGACCAGUUAGAUUGCUCUCCACGGUACAUCUAUAGAAAUUUGUGAGUGUCUUUGGUGAUAUACCAAACCUCCUCAAAUUCCUAAUGAAAUAUAGCCUCUGUCAUGCCUUCUUUGUAAUUACAUCGAUAUAUUGGGCCCAGGAUAGAUCUACAAGGAUGUUGACACCCAGGACUUUGAAACUGCUCACCAUUUCCUCUUCUGAUCCCUCAAUGAUGACUGGUAUGUGUUCCUUUGACUUCUCCUUCCUCAAGCCAACAAUCAUUUCUUUACUCUUACUGACAUUGAGUGCAUAUUUGUCCUGUUUGUCUCCUCAUCACUAUCUGAAAUCCUGCCAACAAUAAUUGUGUCAUCAGCAAAUUUAUAGAUAGUGUUUGAAUUGUUCGUAGCCACACAGUCAUGGGUGUAGAGAGAGUAGAGCAGCGAGCAAAGCACACAAACUGUGGUGUGCCAGUGUUGAUUAUCAAUCAGGGUGAGAUUUUAUUUCUGAACCUUAUAGACUGUGGUCUCCCAAUCAGGAAGUCGAGGUUCCAGUUGCAGAGGGAGGUACAGAGGCCCAGGUUUUGGAGUUUGUUGAUUAGUACUGAGGGUGUGUUUGUGUUGAACACUGAGCUGUAAUCAAUAAACAGCGGCCACGCCGUAGGUGUUAUUAUUGUCCACGUGAUCCAAAGCGUAGUGGCGAGCUGGUGGGAUUGUAUUUAUGCAAUAUAUUUAUGAAUUGCUAUAUAUUUAUGAAUACUCCUAAAGUAUUCAUAUAUCCUUUCUGAAUACAAAUAGCCAAAUCUUGAAUCAGUCCACCCAGAUAGUGCCAUUCCUGUACUAUUUGUUGCCUUCAACAAAUUCUGGUAAUUAUUUGCGUCAGGGAAAAAAAAACUACUGAUAGCUAUGUAAUAAUAUGUGUGGACAAAGGCCUGACUUUAACUCCCAGCAGAUAAGGAGACUGUGGCAAAUCCUAAACACAAGAGAAUCUGCAAAUACUGGAAAUCCAGAGCAGCGCACGCAAAAUGCUGGAGGAACUCAGCGGGUCAGGCAGCAUCUAUGGACAUAUCAGGCUGAUACCUUUCAUCAGGACUUAGCCUGUCCUGAAGCCAACAUAGAAUAUAGAACAGCACAUUACAGGAGCAGGUGCUUCAGCCCACGAUGUUGUGUUGAACUAAUUAAACUUAUAAUUAAAUGCCUAACUAAAAUAAUCACUCUGCCUGCACAAUAUCCAUAUCCCUCUCUUCUCUUCACACUUAUGUGCCUGCCCAAGAGCCUAUUAAACACCUCUAUCAUAAUUACCUCCACUACCCUCCCAGGCAGUGCAUUGCAGGCACCCUCCACUCACUGGGUAAAACACUGUACCUGUCCUGAAUAUCACCUUUGAACUUACACUCUCUCACCUUAAGUACAUGCAUACCUUCUAGUAUUUGACAUUUUGACCCUGAGAUAAAGAUACUGGCUGCUUAUUCUAUCUUCUGAACCUCUGUCGGCUCUUUAGGUUGAGGGGACCUCUUCAUCAAGCACCUUCACUCUGUCCAAUACUACAGCGAGAUUUCCCGGUGGCUAUCCAUUUUGAUUCUACUUCCCAUUUCUAUUCCCAUUCCGACAUGUCAGUCCAUGGCCUCCUCUACUGCCAUGAUGAGGCCACUUUCAGGUUAGAGGAGCAACACCUCAUAUUCCAUCUGGGUAGCCUCUAAUCUGAUGGUAUAAAAAUUGAUUUCUCUAAUUUAAGGUCAUUUCUUCUCCUUUCCCUUCUCUCUGAUUUUCAAUUCCCCAUUCUGGCUCUCCUCUUACUCCUUCCCUUCUACCCGCCUGGUGCCCUUCCUGCUUCUUUUCUCCCAUGGUUCACUGUCCUCUCCAAUCAGAUGCUUUCUCCUUAAGCCCUUUACUUCUUCCACCUAUUACCUCCCAGCUUCUCAUUUCAACCCCUCCCCCACCCAUCCACCUCCCCCCCCACUUGCUGUGACCUAUCAACUGCCGGCUUGUACUCCUUCCCCUGCCCACCUUUUUAUUUUGGCUUCUUCUUCUUUCCUUUCCAGUCCUGAUGAAGGGUCUCAUCCCAAAACCUCGACUGUUCAUUCCUCUCCGUAGACACUGACUUACCUGCUGGCUUCCUCCAGCACUUUUUGUGUUCCUCAGGAUCUCUAGCAUCAGCAGAAUCUCUUGUGUUUAACUUAUUAGCUCUCUUUCUACAUCAGAUGCAGAUGCUUCAGCCAGCAGAUCUUUCUCCCUAAACAAAGCUCCUCGUUAGUAGUAAUAUUUACAGUAAUCAAAAAUCUUUCCCUUACAGUAAUCUUUCCCUCCCUCUGCGAAGCCUGGAAUGUCCAUACUCCCCCAAGUCGGGCCUAACCUAGUGACCUCUGCUUGAGUGAAUGAAAAGCAUUUCGAUCAGGCUGGUUUCUGGGCAGCUACCUGCCUGAUACAAAGCAAAGUGGGUUACCCAAGUUUCUCCAUUACCCAUAAGACACAGGAGCAGAACUACACCAUUUGUGGCCCAUUGAGUCUGGCCUGCCAUUCAAUCCUGGCUGGUUUAUCAUCUCUCAAGCCCAUUCUCCUGCCCCUUCACUGUAACUUAUGACACCCUUACUAAUUAAGAACUUAUGAACUUCGGCUUUAAAUAUCCCCAAUGAUUUGCCCUCCACAGCCACCUGUGGCAAUGGAUUCCACAGAUUCCCCACCCUCAGGCUAAAGAAAUUCCUCCUCAUCUCUGUUCUAAAGGGACGUCAUGGGGCUGAGGCCGUGCCCUCUGGUCCUAGACUCCCCCACUAUAGGAAACAUCCUCGCCACGUUCACUGUAUUUAGGCCUUUCAGUAGUCGAUAUUGAGUAAGAUCCACCCCCAAGCCAAUUCUUCAAAACUCUAGGGAGUACAGGCCCAGAGGCUUCAAACUAUUGUUGUAUGUUAACCCAAAACUGCUCACAAUAUUCCAAAUAUGUUCUGACUAAUGUCUCAUAAAGCACUCAGCAUUAUAUCCUUGCUUUUAUGUUCUGGUCCUUUGGAGACAAAUGCUGAUGUUGCAUUUGCCUUCCUUACCGUCGACUCAACUGCAGGUUAGUCUUUACAAAAUCUUGCAGUUGGUCUCCCAAGUCCCCUUGUGCCUCUGAUUUCUGAAUUCACCCCCGUUCAGAAAAUAUUCUACACUUUUAUUCAUUCUGCAUUUCCAUUCAUUCUGCCAAAGUGGAAAAUUCCAGAGUUUCCCCAAUUUGCCAUCUCAUUUCUGUUUAUUUAAUGGGGUUUAAUACAGCCUCUUUGUAUUCCCCCUGCAGCUUACUUUGUGACCUGGCUGUGUACAGUCAGAAAUAUUGGACAUAUGCAACUUGGUCCCCUUGACUGAGUCUGUAAAAUGCUUCUGUCCUACCGCAGCUAAACAUCAGUCUAAACACCACUCAGGAUUCAGUGUCCAUUAGGGCCACCAACUAACCUGUCGUCCUGUGUAAUCAGCUCCCUUGCUAACACUCAAGCUGUUUAGGUCUAAGCUUUAAAUGUGGCAGUAGCAUGAAAUACAUGUACCACUACUCCUUCCCGGUUUAGUGUGCCUGCGAAAUGUCGUUGCUGUGCAACAGUAAGGCUUGUGCUCAAAUCCUGUGACGAAGCAGUGGCAGUCUUCCUUAUUUCCAUGGUGGAGUAUUUGCUGGCUGUGGCCAUGCCUCCUUUGUGAUCUUGCAGAAGUAAUUAGCUGGAUGUUCCACCACCCUGGUGGAUAAUGUGUCAUGUCUUCCACUUCCUGCACUCCAGCCGCCGAUUCAGAUUCAGAAUUAUUUAUUACACGUCCAUCAAAACUACCGUCACAACCUAAUGAUGUGCUGGGGGCAGCCCGCAAGUGUUGUCACACAAUUCCAACGCCAAUAAAGCAUGCCCACAGUGCUUGCCAGAACAUCACAGAACAGAAUACAGCAAACAAUAAAACAACAACAGCAAAACAAGCCGAUGUGACAAAAAAAACUAUACUCAUUAUGCAGGCCCAUGAUGUACCACCAUUUCAAGAUCAAUCCUGUUAGACAAAGUGCUGCUAACCAAAUCACGGCAUGUUGAGGUAGUGGUUAGCACAACGCUUUACAGUAACAGUGACCCGGGUUCAAUUCCCGCCACUCCCUGUAAGGAGUUUGUACUUUCUCGCCAUAACCGCCUGGGUUUUCUCCACAUUCCAAAGACAUACUGUUUGGUAGGCUAAUUGGUCAUUGUAAAUUGUCCUGUGAUUAGGCUAAGAUUAAAUUGGGAGAUUGCUGGGCCAGGCUCAAAGGACCAGAAGGGCCUACACCACACUGUAUGUCAAUAAAUUUUAAAAAAACUUUUCUUGCAUGGAACAUAGAACAUCACAGCACAGUACAGGCCCUUCAGCCAUAUUGUCUUAAACUAAUCUAACCCUUCUACAUAGCCCUCAAUUUCUCUGCCAAGCAUAUACCUGUCUAAAAGUGUCUUAAAUGUCCCUAAUAUACCUGCCUCUCCCACCACCCCUAGCAGGACAUUACAUGCACUCACCACUCUCUGUGUAAAAAAAACAUGUUGUCUUGGACAAGGGUAAUGGUGGGGUUUGGAGGGUGGUCUGUGCUGUGUCACAGUGGGAUUUGUAUGAAAUGUUCUGAUAUUGUGACAAGAAAAUUGUCAUUCAUUCCAUCUACAUUGAAGGAACUGGAAGGUUACCUGUGCUUACUGGAAUCACCCCGAAUACCAGCAUAAAAACACAUGUACCCACUUUCGCACAGAAGUGAAUUCAGUCCUUGUAUGUAAACAUCUGUUAUUCAGAAACCUUAAUAUCCAAUCACAAUUUGUUAUCAAAAAUCAUGUGAAUUUGCAAGUGUAACAACAUUAUCUGUACCCCAGUUUAAGUAUGUGCGGGUUAGCACACUUAUUAAUGUACAUGUAUGGUGUAUUAUAGAAGGUUUGCUCAACUGGUAAAGGCUACACUGUAUUCAUGCCAUUUUAUCAUUGUAGCUCAAGCAAGUACAAGUGCUUGUUUUGGUUAAAUAAAUUGACCAUUUUUGGCUGUGUUACAGAUAAUAAAAUAUGG